AUGAAGACGGAAGAACAUAUAGAUCCAGGAUCCUUGGCUGCUGUACUAGCUGCUGAUUAUCCGUUAAUCGACCCACCACUAAUCCUAGCGAUCCUAUCAGACUACCCUUCAUCCGAAUUGCAGUCCAAAUUACCAGAGAUCAAAGAUCAAUUGGGUAUACUGGAAGCUACUCUCGUACCUGAUCCUGAUAUCCCUUCUGAAUUUGCUGAAAGCUGGGCAGGAACGGACAGCACCAGUCAAAGCGGGAUCGACGACCUGUCGAACAGGCUAAGUAGUCUUAGCACUACCAAUAUCAAUGAGUUCGGGAGUACGAAUACAAGUGCGACUACUUGGAGUGAAUCGGAUGGUACGGAAGGAUAUGGAGAUGAAGUCGAUUUGCUGAAAUCGCUUUUCCCUUCAACUCCGGAAUUGGAACUCACUUCGGUACUGCACUCUUACCCUAUUCUACAAGAUGCCAUAGACCACUUACUAUCCCUCGAAUUGAUUCGCCAUGUGGAAGAAGAAGGACAUUGGCCAGAAGAUGAACAAGAUGUCAAAGUACUUUCGGAACCUGAACCGGAACCUGAAUCUGCUGUCGAGGAAUGGGAAUCUACUCAAUCAAAAAAGUCAAAAGCAAGAUCGAAAUCAAAAUCAAAACCAUCUUCCAGAGCAUCUUCCAAGCCACCUUCAAUCGAAUCUCCACCCGUCGUCACCUCUUCACCCAAAUUUGAUUACAUCGCCUUUGCUCUACCAUCUGGAUCACAUUCUCGAUCAUCCACUAACGGCGGUUCCAUUUCCGGGUCCAAUCCCGUUUCUACGAAGAAGUCCAAGAAGAGGAAGGAUACAAUCACCAUCCCUAUAGUCGAUACACUCCAGCGUAAACCUACACCGACUCCUUCCGCCAGAUCUCGAACAUCGACCGCUCCAACCAGUAGAUCAUCUUCACCUAGCAGAUUCGAAAUCAGAUCGGUACCAGCGAAUAAUCCUUGGCAUACUGUCACAUCCUUAUCAUCAUACUUAUCUGAUCUUCUAUCUCAACCUUCUACCCAUUUCUCAUCUUAUCUUCAUUCACCAAAUUACCAUUCGACCUAUUCUGCUGUUUUAGCUUCACUCGCUAAGCUACCUGCUCAUCCUACCAAGACUGACUCGUCUUCUCGGAUGAUCCUAGAAGAUAUAUAUGCCUCGAUGUUUGAAGAUAGGGAAGAAGGCUUGAUGAAGAGGGAUUUGGAGAUUUGCGUACACGCAGCAGGGGAAGAUAUAGCUACUGUCAUGGAUCUAAUGGAUUUGUUGAAAGACAUUUCAGAUUGGUCAAGUGACGAUCAUCAUCGAAACAAUGAUGGUUUCUUCGAUCCCACAGAUCAACCUGAUUACAAGAUCAAUACCGACUCUACACCCUUGCCAUCUACAUCAAAACCUCAAACUGUCACUUUGAAUCUAUCUCCUGUUCAAGCUAUCGAUAUGGCUCGAUCGACCUCUGCUACAUCCACUAUAUCCAAUAGAUCAUUAGAUGAACAUGCUAUUUCCACUGCAAAAUCGAGUCUACCAGGAAAGAUGACUCGACCUGAGAAAAAGGUGAGACCAGCCAAAGUGAAAGAAGAACCGUUAUUUGGAGGAGCUAUAAGAGAAGCUAAGAUCAGGGAAGUACCAGGAUCGAAAACUAGUUUAUCUUCUUUGAAUAGUCCGAUGGUAUUGGACGCUCAUGAGAUAUUCUCGCCGAUUGGAUCUGCUCCCUCGUCUCCCAAAUUAGGUAAUAGGCAGUUGGGUGGUAGUGGGAAACAAAUUCAUCCUCAAAACUGGCGUACUGUUACGAACUCUACACCACACUCACGGUCGCAAUCUCAAUCCGCUUCUUUCCGUCCGGAGAGAAAAAUGACAUAUGAAGAAUGUAUGGCCAACGCUCAGCUCGAAAGAGCAAGGAGGGAAACUGUCAUUCGAGCUGCUGGGAGAAACUUCCGACCAAAUGUCAAUGGAGUUGCGGGAGGUGGAAGAGCCGUUAAAGGAGUUAUUGCUGGACAUUAUGCCUCUCAAGCUAUGGAGGCUGCGAAGAGAGCCAGAGAUUGGGAAUUGAAAGCUGCUAGAUUGAGAGUGAAUUCGCAACUCCAAACUGGACUUCAACCACAAACAUCCAAUACUCAUACGGCUAGUCAUAAUUAUAUUGAAAGAGGAAGAGAUGGAGGGGUUGGUGGUAGAAAUCAAUCUAUAGAUUUACAUAAUCUAACAAUUAACGAAGCUCUUACAAUCGUCAAUGAACAAUUAGAUCGAUGGUGGAAAGUUGAGAAAGAAAGGAGAUUGGAAAGGUGGAAGAUCACUGAACAAGGUAGAUUCAUCAUCAUAACCGGAGUAGGUAGACAUUCGAUAAAUAAUAAAGGUGUGUUGGGACCGGCUGUAUCGAAUGAUUUGGAAAGGAAAGGUUGGAAAGUUGACAGAGGUGAUUCCGAGAGGGGUUAUCUGGUCGUCAGAGGGAGAUAA